AGCAACAACUUCUCCGGUGUGCUCCCAGCGUCCUUCACAGCUUUCAAGGCCCUCUCAUCCAUAAGCAUAAGCAACAACCGCUUCACAGGAACCUUCCCCAGCCCUCUUCUCCACCACAAGGGCCUUGGUGUUCUGGACUUGAGCAACAACAGUUUCUCUGGGUCCAUCCCUCGCGAGUUGACAGAGCUUGUCAACCUGAUAGACAUUAAUCUCAGUGACAACAGAUUCCAUGGAUCUAUCUCAACUGGCCUGUUUCAGCUCUCUGUACUUAUCUCGUUGCAAUUGGCGAACAACUUCCUUUCCGGGGGGCUUCCACCGUUUCUCAGUGCCUCCUCCUCUCUUAUCACGCUUAGCCUGGGAGGCAACGGCUUCGCAGGCCCCUUACCAGACUUCUCGCUCUGGAAUGUCAGCUUUACUAAGCUGGCUCUCAACAACAACAACUUCACAGGGUCCAUUCCAGACUCCAUCUCCACCCUCACCACUCUGGAAGCCAUCAUCCUCAACGACAACCAGCUGACAGGCUCCAUCCCAGCUGCCAUAUUCAACAUGACGAAUCUCAAGUACCUCUAUCUGGCCAACAACAAUCUGAGCAGCAAACUGCCGUCUGACAUCAGUCGCCUGGGGAAGCUUGAAUAAAUCUGGCUGGACAACAACAGCAUUGAGGGUCCACUGCCAUCUGCAAUCUGCUCGCUGCCCAAGUUAUG